AUGAAGGUGCCAAAGACUAUCACUUACAAUAGUCUUGUCGAGCGUCGAAUUGUAGCAUCAGCAGCUACAGGUCCUCUUGCCACAGAAGUGGAAGCUGAUUUGCGAAAGUUAGCAGACAAGUUCACUGCCUCGUUCCCUUUUCUGUCUAGUCAGUAUGCAAUAACAGUAUUGGACGGUGAUCUUGAUGAAGAUGUCGACCUGAGGAGGAAAAAAUGUAGUUGUAGAAGAUUUGCUUUGAUAGGUCUUUCUUGUGAACACGCUCUAGCUGGUGCUCGAGAUUGUGGCAUUAGUCCAUAUACUUUAUGCUCCAGAUUCUACACAGUUGAAGCGUGGCUGUCAUCUUAUGGUGGAUCUGUAUGUACGCUGGGUAAUGAAGAAUCUUGGGUGAUACCAAAUGGCAUAGGAAGUAUGAUGAUAACUCCUCCUUUAGUGAAGUAG